GUAGACUUCACUUGGAGGCUUCGGGAUCCUCAUGGGCCGAUGCUCCGGUGAUGGCGGGCGCAAGCGCCGCAAGCCAGGUGCUGAGGCGCCUGUUCCUGGUGACCUCCCCGGGCCUCGAGCGCGGACUGGAGCGGGAGCUGCAAGUGCUGGGCGUGCCGGGACGCUUCGAGCGCCUGCCUGGAGGCGUGGCAGCGGUGGGCACGGCGGAGACGCUGUGGCGGUCGGCGCUGCAGAGCCGACUGGCGGAGCUGGUCUUGGUGCGGGUGGGGGAGCCCUUCCACGCUCCCGACACGCGCUCCCUGGACGAGGGGCUGCGGCGCCUGCCGUGGCAAGACUACCUCACGGAGGAGGCACCAGAGAGCGUGCCCAUCAUCAAAGUCUCCACAGAGAAGAGUCGGCUCUACCACACCAAGCUGCUGGAAAACCACACUGCCCAGUCCAUCCGGGCUGCACGUCUACCGCCCAGGCCGUUUGCGCAGGCCGACAAGGCGGCGCCAGAGGUGCGCGUGCGGCUGCGGCACAACCAGUGCCAGGUGAGUGUCGCCGCCACGGGUCUGAUGCACAAGCGAGGCGCCCGCAAGGCGGUGGGCGAGGCAUCCCUGCGGGAAACCUUGGCAGCUGCUUGCGUCUUGGCUUCCCCGCUGCUGCGGCGCCUUACAGCGGCCCAGCACAACGAUGAGGAGCUGGUGCUCUGGGACCCUUUCUGCGGCUCUGGGGCCGUGCUGCUGGAGGCCCUGGAAAUCGCGCUGGGGGAGAUCUGCGGGAACGUGGAGCGGCACUACCCCUUCAUGUCCUUCCCCUGUCACGACCACGAGGACUUCCAACGCUUCGCGGAAACCUUGCAGCCGCGGCCUCACGCCGCGGUGUCCAAGCUGACGUUAAUCGGCAGCGACGCCUCAGAGGAGCAGUUGGAGCGCUGCAAGCGGAAUUUACGCCGCUGCCUGCGUCGCCUGGCAAUUUUGCAGGAGAAGGCGCCGGAGCUUCCGGAGCUGCUCGAGAAGCUGCCCUGCAAGGUGCAGCUGCUGCGGGCGCCUGUGUCCAGGGCGGUGCAGCAGCUCCAAGGCGGGGCUGGGGUGCCAGUUGCAGAACUGGGAUACAGUUCCGGCAGAGCUCCCCAAGAAGGGAAGCCUGUUUCGGUGGAUGCAUGUUUCAAUGCUGAGACUGGGACUUCGACGCUCGAGAAUCUUCAUAGUGAGAGCCCGGUCCCCGGCCAGAUGCAAAUAGUGCUGCUUCAGACUUCGCACUUUGCCAGCCAGAAAUACCACAAUGCAGAUAUCCACUUGAGCCCUGAUGACCAGAAGCGUGGGAAAUGA